AUUUAUUCACAGGAUCAGUUCCUUGACAAAGCUGUUGAAGUUUACAGAGAAUAUGCCAAAGCUGCCUCUGUGUCUAAAGCAAGAGUGUCGCUAUUUGAACAAAACUCAAACUCCAACACAGUUGAAAUAAGUAUAGACUCUCAGUGGUCUCAAAGAGAUUUGGAAAGAAAUGAAAACCGUAACUUUCUGAGAAAUUACAUUGCAAGUUACAACACCACGUCAUUGAGUUUGAGCAACAUCAGGGAACCUUCAUUUCCAGUAGAAAUUCAACACUUGUAAGUACUGUAUCCAUAGAUUUAUUGUCAAGGCCUUACACCCUGACAUCAGUAUCCUUCUUCUACAUACCUUUCUCUGUACAUUUCCUUUGGUACUGACCAGGAGAAUUUGCUUAACAAUCAAGGUUUCUUAGGUUGGUGAUCAGUUUAUUUAUACUCAUGACCUCAAUGAAUGAUUCAACACAGUAUUGCUGUAAGCAGUCAUUAUACGGUCCUAGACCGCGAUAUAUACUUUUGCUGUUAUUUCUUGAGAAUGGUAUUGAGCAAAUGCCAUUUUUGACCAAAAUUUUGUUUGGAAAUAUUAGGUUGCAUAUGAAUAAACUCUAGAUCUUUUAGAAUCAUCCCACAUUUUCCUUUAAAUACUUGAAACACAAAAAAUGAAUUUAAUAACCCAUAUAUAUUCAUAUAUUAUUGCUGCAUCUAGAUCAGCAUUUCAAGAUUAUUUAUCUGCAAAUUUUUACAAAAAGUUCUACAGCAUUUUAAAAGUUCAAAGCUACCUUGAACAAUUAAAAAAUUAAGGUGGCUCUGUACCUAUGCUACAGCAAGGUUGCUGAUCUUCAGAGUUCAGUUUUACAGUGGCAAUACUUAGUUCACAGUAUUGAUAGUUGGUGAAUAUGAUUCUUAAUUAGACAGCUGAGGAGCACUUCUUCUAGUGGAAAAUACCAGGCCAUUGUGCGAAAAGUACCAGGAAACAAGGGACAAGAAGAUAAGCAAUUCCUGGAGGUUAGAAAAUUUUGGUCCAAUGAUUGAAGGUUCUGUAAGUUGAAUAAAUAAAACCAGUUGUGUGCUAUUGUUUUCCCUUACUUUCCUGCACAAGGUUUAGUUGUUAACCCUUGAACUCCCAAGAUCUAAUCAUCAAUUCUCCCCUUUAGCUGCUACACAUUUUCUUGCAAAAAAGUUGCAACAAUUUGGUGUUAGAUCAAGAUAACAACUUCUACGAGAUAACUUAGAGUAAAUUCUCAUUUCUUGUUUGCUGAAUAACUUAUGGUUAUUAUAAGGAGAAGAUACAUGAUGAUCACCUCUGGGAGUUUAAGGGUUUAAGGCUCUUUCAAGUUAAGCCCUUUUAGUUUGUUUUGACCAAGUUUUCAGACUAUGAACAGUCCCUUUUUUCCAGGGAAGUCCAUUGCGCAAAUAAAAAAAAAAUCAGUUCCAUGGGGAGCUUUGGGAGUGAGGCACACUCAUCCCUAGAGCUCUCCCUCCAUCAAUUUUUUUUAAAUGAUUUUUUUUUUUACUCAUGCAACUGACUUUGCUGAAAAGGAUGGACUCCUUGUAUUCCUCCAUUUUCUUAAAGUUUGGCAAUAAUUUCUGCUAUAAUUAAUUAGAAGUCAUUUCUACUGUCAGCCAUUAUUUUACAAAAAGAGGAAUUUCUCCCCCCCCCCCACCCCUCUCCCCUUCUGCAACCUGGUCAGUGGAUUUCUUCACUCUCUCUUUAGCUACUAAACUUAUUGAAUAAUAAAUAUCCGUACUCUGUACAGAUCUGGUCUCGAAGUCAUCUUGUCAAGAAUGUUGAUGUUCUAGCUUGUGAGAAGCAUGGCAAAAUUUUUGAAGAUGGUGAGUACUUGACAUUCAGUUUGAAUUUUGUGAAGCAAAUUUACUUUCCAUGUUUUGUUUGGUUUACUUAAUGGCUUGAGUUAUUUUCAUUUUUUUUCAUCUAUGGAAAAAAGUAGCCAUUUACCAUCUUAUGAAAAUGUAGAUCAUAGAGUGGUCAUAUGACCACAGAGUGCUGAUGAGCUAGGAAUCCUACCUGUAGCCUACAAGGAGGCUGUUGUUGGAUGUGAUGCAGGAGUGCCUCGUAUGCUUCUUGUAAAGUCUUCCAAAGGUGGUGAGGGAUCUGGCACUAAAAAGGAGGCCUAGGCCUCCCCCUGACUCCCUUUGUCUUCCAGGGAAUUUGGAUGAUUCAUAAGAUGCUAGUGCGGUAGUGCCAGUGGCAGUCUGUUUGCAAGCUAGGAAAUUAGCUAAAUUGCCACCAGAACUUAUCCUAGUUUCAACAGCAUGAAGCAACCUAGAGUAUUUAUGCCAUUCCUUGGAUGGUAUUACCAGUCCAUUACAUGAUUCUUUGUCAGAUUUUCCAGAUGAUUUAUAAGUAUCCUUUCAUUUUCCUUGUUAUAGAGAAGCAAAAUGAUAGUAAAGUGUCUCGCUAAAGAAUGCGACACAGUGACUUCAUCAGAGCUCUUACCUACAAGUCUCAAUCUGCAUGAAAUGUAAAUAUUGUUAUUUCACUGACAGUGAUUUUUACAUGUGUGUUUAAGAAAUUGAUCUGUAUGUUUAUAGGGCAGUUUGGCUCUCUGGUUUGGUCAGCAUCAGAGAAGUACCUGUUAUAUGUGGCGGAAAAGAAGCUGCCAAAAGCUGUUUCAUAUUUUGAGAAACAAAAAGGUAAGGUAUACAUGCAACUGUUUUGAGAAAAGUGAACAGAAAAAAAGGGCCAAAGUGCACGCGAAGACCCAUAGCACCAGUCAUGAACUUCAUAAUUUAUUUAUUUUUUCGCAUGGGUGAUGGCCUAUUUGAAAGUUGCAUGCUUGGUUGCCAAGCCCUUAAACAGGAGUGAGGCUAUGGUGACCUUGUUAUGAUACAAACGUUACUGCUUUUCAAAUGCUCCGUAAAUUACUUUGUUAUCAUGCUAACUAGAUACUGGUCUUUUUCACGACGAGGUUACCUUCAGCCUCACUUCAAAUCAAAGGCUUGACAACUAAGUACACAGUAUUCUAACUGCAUAAUUUUAUGCUGAUGUAUAUUAAUACAAUAAUUAAUUCCUUUUUUUUUCAGGUGAUGCUGCAGCAGACAAGCCUCCUCCAGAAAAGGUGAUAUUUCUGUUCUAUCAUCUGUUAGAUAUGGUUAACUUCAAUUACUCAUUAAUCAUGGGAAAAGAAAACUCACCUGAAGUCAAAUUGGGAACCGUUAUGUCUCUACAGUUAAUGAGACAAUUUCCUGAAAGAAGUAAAAAAUGAUAACUGUCUUCUAUUAGCAACAAUUGUUAUUAUUUCCUUUUCACGCCUUGACCCAUUUAAUAGAUCAUAAAAGCACAAAGGUAACGCCUCUUUAUUUCAUCUCCAACAUGAUUGAACGUGCCCUACGUAUUUAAUUGGUCCAUGAAAAAACUCCCUUGUGUUCAUAAAUUAUAAAGGAAGAGUCUACACUCGAUUACUCAGUGAAGCUUUUUAUUUGACUUUGAUCAAUUUUGAUUUCAUUUCAAGGGAAAUAAAUUUGAGUUCAAGGAUGACUGGGGUGAACAGCUUGUUUCCAAGUGUUCCCCUGUGAUUGUUGUCUACAACAUGGAGAGUGAUGAGAUCAGAGUAUUGGAAGGAGUGCCUGAUAACUUGUCUGCAGGCCAAGUGAGUAUGAGGGUGACAAAAUGGAAUUAAAUCGGAUUCUACAGAUGAAAAUUACAAGCAAAUCGCGAACGUGAUUGAUUAUAAACUCUCUCAUAUGUCUGAGCAGUGCAUGAUUCGUAGUGCAUUGCACGCGCUAUUGUAGCUAAUUGAAAAAAAGAGGGAGAUUUGUUCGCCUGGCUGCCACAAUAAUGCCUUUCACAAUCGUGCUUCGUAUUUCAUACUAACUAAACGCCAGGAACUUACUAAAUAGGAGAGUUCAAGAGUCAUGAAUCUGUAGUUGGAUGGUGAGAAUCAUUUGCACUUUGUUAGGUCAACUAUUGGCUUCAUUCUUUCAUGGAUAAAAAGCAACUGUAUAUAUUCGUUCUGAAUACGUUUAAUUGAUAUGUAUUAUUUCUUGAAAGUUGUCCUUGUUUCGACAAGUUGGUAACAACUUUUCCAUCGUAAAAAUAUUGUCUAAAGUUGUUCUUGUGAUUAACAAAUGUGCCUCCCGUUUGCGUCCGUCCGAUUUUGAUGUCAGUCUUUCGAAUGAUUCCAGACCUAACUGGAUUCCACUCGGUCCAAUCACUAUUAAAAAUCGUGAGACUGAGAUGUGGUUCUUUUUUUUUUUUUUUUUUUUUUUUUUUCAGGUCCGCUGGGGUCCGAACGAUGACAGCGUUGUGUUUGUGGGUUGGUUGCAUGAGCCGUACAGACUUGGACUCAUAUAUUGCCCUAUUAGAAAGUAAGAUCAUUUAAAAAGUUAAAUUUGUGGAAAUGGUAAACGAAGUGACUCAACUGAGGGCGCGGCCGUCCGUCACAUUCUCUUACAGCUGCGUUGUCAAGAAAAGCAGUGAUCUCUUUAUUUUCCCAUUUAAUUUUUUUUUUUGUAAAAACGGAAUAAAUUCUCACGAGGACGUCAUCUUGUUGUCUAUCCACCCAUAGACCAUAGGUAAGGACCAAUCAUAUCGCAUUCAGAAUCCAGUCUUUUUUGUAAUAAAUGUUUCCUCAUUUGUCUUCAGAAAUGCCUUGUACUCACUAUCGCUUGAUGGAAAAAAUCUUGGUGAGUUUUGCAAAUAAAUUACAACGUAACGUGUUUAAUAUCUAACCAACAGAACAAUACCCUACUGUAAAUAAAUCUAAGGUACGGUUACCGGUCAAUUUAUAUCCACGGUCGUUUCGUACCCAGUCGAUUCGGAGCUGAAUAGUAGACAGCGCUAGGGGACGAGCGAGGUUUGGGAAGGGUCGCGUAAUAAACGUGACUGGACCCAAGCCUCCCCCGUUUUUAAACUCCUGCGCUACUAUCGCGCGUCAGUUUACUAACUGAACACGUGGAGCAAGCUAAAAUAUUUCUAAUGUGUAUAACUUAAUUAUUCAUGUUUGAUUUUACUCCAGAACAAUUGACUGACCCCAAGUACGCCGUCCACUCACCCCGCUUUAAUCACACCAAAGAGAAGUUGGUAAGAUCAAAAGAUAUUGGACAAUUUCAAGUUCUAUUGUAAGAAUAAUUAAAUUCAGUACGAACCAUGUUUUGGUAUGUUGCAAUAAUUCAUGAAGAAUGGAAAGUAAAAUUGCAAUGACUGAUAACUAGUGCCAGACCCCGGCGAUCUCUCUCCGACUCGUCUCAGACCUUCUCCCGGUCAGGGAAACGUGCGUACUGCAGCGCUUACAACAAGGGCCUGCGCACAGUCUGGCUAAUCUUUUCCUUUCUAGUACAGCAGCGACCCCAAUUUUGGUCUAGUUCUUAGCAUUACGUGAUAGACAGCGAAAUGAGCUGGUUCCACUUCAUCUGACAUUCAAUCCGUCCUUUGAACCUUUUACACAUGUUUGAUUAGAAAGGCAAUUUGUUAAUUUGAAAAUAUUUUUGCAGAUUUACAUAGCUUUGGAUGUUGGUGGAGCACAUUUAAAAUGUGGAAGAUUAAUGCAGGUGAGUAUGAGGGUGAAGAUAUUGUCUUCAUUUAUUGACUGAUAUCGCAACUUUUACCUCACCCACCCCACCCACCCUUCUUACAUCUUUUAUUGUUGAUGAAAAUGAAAGCAUUUUGUUUUGUUUUGUUUUGUUUUGUGCUAGUUUGUCUUCGUCGAAAUUUAGUUCCUGAUAAUUUUCCAGGCAAAUAGUGAAAGUCUCACCAAAUACACCUUUCCUAUUUUUAGGUUUUUUUUUUCGAUGGUGAAAAUAGAUUGAACAAGUUUUGCAUUUUGUCUUUUAGUAUGACUGGAUCGCAAAGACUACUUCAACUAUUGUUGAUGUUGUGGACAUUCCAGAAAGUAAGAGUGGUAGUUUGCUUUGCAAAUUUGUUUCAUCCUGAGCGGAAAAUUCUUACUAGAAGUGCUAAGGGCUUGGAAAAGUACGAGGCCUUCAGUAAUGCGAACCGGCGAGAAGUUAGCAUGGAGUCUGACACUGAUCGUUAUUAGUGCCAGACUCCCGGCAGACCUUUCCCCGCGGCGUCUCAAAUCAUCCCGCUGGUGGAGAAAAUCGCGUCCUACACGCUCAUAAUGAGGGUUUUCUUGCAAGCUAGGAUAUUUGAGUGUCGCAAAUGAGUUGUUUUUACCUUGCCAGUUGUGGCUGAACCAUGAAGUGUGUUCUUGUCUUGGUAGAAGGCGGAUUUCCAGGGAUAUACAAUUUGUAUUUAACCCUCGCCGAUCGAUGCUGGACGCCAGAUGGGAACAGUGUCAUUUUGUCUACCGUGUGGAGAACUUCUCAGGUUAGCCCACAAACUAUUACCGUACCUCUUCACUACUGAAAUAAUUUUCCUGGGAAGGUUUGAGUUACUGAAAAACGUUGGAUUGUAAAAACCUCCAACGUGAUUGUUUAUAAACAUCGGAUGCGGAAAAGUAAUAAUAUGAUUUCAAACACAGUUUGCAAAAUACGGGAGACACGGUAACCUUAUGAUUUGUGCGCUGGACUCCGGGUCGAGAGGUCUGGGUUCAAGCCCAGGCCUCUCCACCCAGGAGUAAAAAUGGGUACCGGCGAAUUACCAUGGAAGGGGUGGGGGUGGGGGGUAACCUUGCGAUGAUUUGAUUUUGAGCACGAGGGAGUCACCAGUGUCCGACGUUGGAUGAAAUACUGGGGGGGGAUCACUUGGCUGAAGUGCAGACCUUACCUUGAGAAUUUACAAGUUAAAUUGCAUGAGUCCUUAGGGCGCGUUCAUUUAUGUUGGAGCUUCGCCUUUGUGCUUUUAUGAUCUAUUAAAUGGGUUACCGAGUGAGAUACAAAGGGGUUUUUGCUAAUAAAAGACUAUUACUAUUUACACUUUCAGAAAAUUGUUCUCAUUAACUGCAAAGACAAAACGGUUACAAAUUUGACAUCAGGUGAGUCUGCGUUUUUCAUAAUGCUAACCAAGCCCAAGCGCGAGGCGCGCGGGCCAUAAAUCGGAGCGGAAAAAAAGAGGCUCCGUAAUUUACUGUACGGAGCGGACGGAUAUUGGCCACCGUCGGGAGUUUCUUAGGCUGCCGUUUCAAGCGUUAGCCUUUCAUUAUUCGCUCUGACGAAAAGUUAACCCUUUAGCUCCCAAGAUCUGAUUGUUAAUUCUUACCUCUAGUUGCUACACAUUCACUUAUAAGUUAGUUUUGAGAACUUGGUGCUAGAUCAAGAUAGCAGCUUCUACCUGACAAGUUUGAAUAUUCUCAUUACCUGUUUGCUGAUUAAUGUAUGGAUAUUAUAGGGAGAAGUUACAUGUUAAUCACUUGUAAGAGUUAAAGGGUUAACGAUCGAAACGUCAGCCUCAGAAACACUUCACGGUGGCCAAUUUACAUUAUCAACUCAGUUUUUCAAACCAAAUUAUUUCUAAAUACCGCCCGCUCCCUUCUACCGACGCAGUGCCACAGUUUCUUUAGAAACUUUCCGCCAUGAACUUCUUUGCCAGUAAUUGCUUGUAUUUCCUCCCUUUGUUAGCCCCUGGAUCGUGGAGCUUACUUGAUAUCAAUAGUAACAUUCUUUUAGCUUCGCAUUCGUCACCAAACAGCCCACCAAAGUUGGUAAGUUACCUUUAUUUUCUUUGCUCAUUGUAAAAUCAGAAAGCUUUUUAAUAACGGUAUCUGUGUGAAUUGUUUUUGGUGUGAGUAACAGAUAAUCAGAAACAUCCUUUCGGAUCAAUAUCAGUAUCUGAGCAACUGCCCACCUUCCCCUCCCCUAUCCCAACAUUAACCCUAACUUGUUAUCAAUUGACUGUUGCUGGGUUAGGGGAGGGUAGGUGGGCAGUUGCCCAGAUACUGUUUAUUUCGCCUGAAUCAAAGACGUUUCCAGUUGAACUGAAUAAGCCGCGAGGAAAAAAAGCAAUCAAACAAAAAUAAUCAGCUGCGAGAGGUGUCAAUGGGUGAAUUCGGCGAGUGUGCUGACGUCAUUGUCUCCAGUCCAUUUGGAUUUUUGACCUUAGUGGUCAAUUUUGGAUUUUGGGCUCUAGUAGUCGAUUUUGGAAUUUGGACACUGGUGGCCGAUUUAGAUUUUAAACACCAGUGGCCAAUUUUGGAUUCUAGACACUAGUGGCAGAUUUUGGAUUUGGACACUAAUGGCCGAUUUUGGAUUUUGGACACUAGUGUCCGAUUUUAAAUUUUGGACACUAAUGGCCGAUUUUUGAAUUUAGACGCUGGUGUCUGUUUCUUGGAUUUUGGAGGCUAGUUUCCGAUUUUGGAUUUUGGUUUCGAGUCUGCGAUUUUGGAUUUGGACGCUAGUGUUCAAUGUCUUUUUAGACUCUAGUCUCCGAUUUUGGAUUUUUGACGCUAGGGUCCGAGUUUUAGAAUUUGGGCGCUAGUGUCUGACCCUGGAGUUUGGACACUAGCGUCCGGUUUUUUAUUUUGGAAACUAGCGUCCUAGUUUGAAUUUUAGACUUUAGUGUCCAAUAUUUGGACACGAGUCCAAAGAUUUUAAACACUUGUUUCCGAUUUUAGGUGCUAGAGUCCGUUUCGAGACACUGUAGUCCGAUUUGGACGCCAUUUGACCCGUUCUAUUAGAUCAGAACAUAAUUAUUCAGGCCAUUUAGAUGGUAUUUUACAAACGUGUUGUAAAAUGUGUAACAGAGGUUCGUUUAUUUUCUCUAGAUGGUGGCAACUUUACCACCUGAUAUCCCAGAACCUGGUUUAUCUUGGAUAGAAGUAGGUCAGUGAAGAAAUUGAUCAUAUGAACCCCUAUUGGAAAAUACGAUAAAUAUUAACUUCCAUUUGGCACGAAAAUAUGUUCGUAUAUUUUUCAGCGGACAAUCUCUGUCCCAAGGAGCGAAGCUCGAGGUUAACAGUGAGUUACGAGGAAUAGAUAAUGUCCAAGGACAAAUUUACGAGAAUUUUUUUUUGUUACAAAUGGAGGGUACUGUACUUGGUGAGCGUUUUAAAGCUGACGCACCCACUGCUCCUGACUCGCUUUUUUAAAAUUUAUUUCGUUGUAAUCCGCGGUUUAAAAAAAAAGAUGUAUCCAUUUCUUUGUUAUCAGAUUUAUUUAAGGGGAACAAAAAGAAACAAUUUAAUAAAGGACAAAUCUUAAAAGUCAACGGACUUGUUCAGACUGGAAAAGGAAAAUGAUCUUUCUCAUUCUGUGAGACAAAUAAAUGAUUUUCACAUAAUCAUAUAAUCUCGACUUAACAUUACAUGAACUGCUGCAAUUAAUUUGUCCUCUCUUGUUUUAGCUCAUUCCGAAAUUCUCAACCUAGAGAAUGAAAUUUCAUGGAAGGUGAUGACACUUGCACCCAGCGAGAACGCAGGUUGGAAUGUAAUGUGAAUAAAAGAGGAGCUAAUCGCUUAAACGCAGGCAUUUCAACAAAAACUGGUUACUGGUAGUAUUCCGCCUUAGUCUCGUAUCUAGACCUUCCACGACCGAGCCUACAUUUCAGUCACACGAUAGGACCGGGUAUGAGUUUGCCGCCGCCCACAAAUCUUCAUACCGCCGUCUGUUAAGCCUGCGAGGGGACUCCGGUUUUUGGGUCUCGUCUUACAGCCCAUUUUACUGGGCACAGUCGCAUUUUGCACCAUUGGCUGCUGCUUAAGGAAAAAUUUAUUGAGAUCCCCGCAACGUGGUGUAUCUUUGUUAAAGUAGCUUUUAAUUUUGAGCGCCAUUUUCUAGAGGAACUUUUUGAAUGUUAGAUUCCUAUGUGCGUAAAAGGCAAUUUAAUCAACACUACACUUUGUCGACUCCACAGAUUUCAAAGAUGAGUAUGAAGCUGUUUUCAUCAAGCCAGGGUUGAAGGAUGAAACGAAGCCCCCGCUUAUUGUUUUCCCGCACGGAGGACCUCACUCUGCCUUUUUAUCAGAUUUCUCUCUUUCCAGUGCUUGUCUCUGCAAACUUGGAUUUGCUAUCCUCGGUGGUAAAGUAUACUUUGGGUUUUUUUUUUAUAUUAUUACUUUUUUCCCCUUUUUUUUCUUAAUCACAAGGUUAAAAAGUCGUGUGCUAUUGCGGCGAGCAGUAAAGGUUUACCAAAUCCUGUAUUUGGAGUGUUGUCAACAUGACGAUAUUUUAAAAACAACAUUUUCAGCGGAAAUGAAACCUCCCAACUUAACACGGCGAAGGCUGGCCGUGGAGUGCCUCACCUCUCUAACGACUGCAAAUUACAAACCACGAUUCCCAACUGAUCCUAACUCUCCCCGCGCUUUGCACGUGUCUCCGACCCUGCGAUACGUGUCAGCAAAAUAGCAAUUUCUGCUGAUAAGGAUUAUCACAAAUUUCAUGAAAAGAAAUCGAACAGUCUCUCUAUGCUUCAGUUGUUGAACAGUGCGCGACCUAAUCCCUUGAUGUUCGUCUUGCUUUCCACUAGUAAACUACAGGGGAUCCUUAGGAUUUGGUGAAACACAGCUUCACUCCCUGCCCGGAAACAUCGGAAUACAAGAUGUACAGGAUGUGCAGGUAAUUUUAAGGGGCGUUUCACUUGUCUGCGCGGGUGCAAGUAGUAAUGUUUUCGUUCAUUUCGUUUAUUUGUAAGUAUAAAAUUUGGCUGUGAUAAAAUUCUUUGAGCAAGGGAAUGUAAUCUGCUGUCAGUCCUUGGACAUUUUCGGUGUUUUAGAACUUUUAAUGAUUUUUUUUUCCGUAAACUUUGAACGGGGCAAGAGUAUGCUCGGGCAAAUUAUGGUCAGAAAUUGUCCCUCCUUUAAGCCGGAAAACUAUUUAACCCUUAAAAUCCUUUAAGUGACCACGACAAGAAUGUUUUUUGUUUACAAUAUUAAUACAAAAUCAAGCAGACAAGUGAUGAGAAUAAAGAAAAAUAUAAAUGAGGGGAUUAUUAGUUGAUCCAAUACUAAAUUCUCCGAACAAACAUACUAAGAAUUGUGUGGCAGACAGUAAGGAUAAUUACUAAGUAAAUCGUGGGAGUGGAAGGGGUUACUUGAUAGAAUUGUGCUCUAACUUUUAAAAGGAAUGUUUCACGUAAGAAUUGUUACAAAUUAGUCAAGCGCAAAUUUGCGUCCGCAGUCAUGAAGUAUUGGCUUUAAAAUGUUGUUUACUUUUCUUGUAGCGUGCGGCUUUGAAAGUUCUCGGGAGUGGCGAAGUCGACACAUCGAACGUUUUUAUUAUGGGGGGAUCCCAUGGGGGAUUUUUGACAACACAUCUCAUUGGACAGUAUCCGGUAAGAACAAUCGCGAUUCACAUCUCUGCAAGCCUGCAGACCAGGCGUAAUUUUGGCGAGCUAUUACACGAUAUUCUCUUAGUGAAAAUUAUAGCUGCCAUCUUUGAUUUUAACGGCAGCGGUAGGCUGGGGAGAGAAAUGAAUUUGACGCUAAAUGGUCGGUCGGAUAAUCAAUCACGAGCUUGUAACAUCAAUGCGCCCUAAUAAGACGCCUGCAUUGCAGGCUACAUUUCUGUUCGCAAAUUUCUGUUCGGAAAGUUACCAAAAUAACUUUUCGCGACAGAAUUGCGCACCUUAUAUGACAGUUUUUGUUUUUACCACAUUUUGAUGUCAUUUGUGAUCUAAUACUUAACAUACACACGGCAGAAUGGAAUCUAGUUGGUAGGGUUAUUUCACAUGCUGUGUUUUUUUUUUCAAUGGUAUAUCAGGAUUUCUACAGAGCUGCUGCUACGCGUAACCCUGUUGUAGAAAUAUCUGGUGAGUAGAUAUUUACAAAUACGAGCUCCGUUAUCGAUUUCUAUAGGUAUUUGAGACGUAAGUAAAUCCCUUCAGCCUAAGAAGAAAAAGAGAAGUCGCUUUCCCUCUGGGCCACCGUAAUUACAUUCUUUUUUUAUAAGAAACUUUUUUUGUAAGAACGUUCAGACUGAGAUUAACCCUUUAACUCCCAAGAUCUCAUUAGUAAUUCUCCUUACUGUCUGCCAUACAGUUCUUGUGAUGUUAGUUUGGAGAAUUUAGUAUUGGGUCAACUUAUAAUCCCCCAAUUUUUUUAUCUUCUUUAUUCUCAUCACUUGUCUGCCUAAUAUUGCAUUGACACUGCAAAGAGAAAUUCUCUCUUGGUCACUUGGGAGUUGAAGAGUUAACCAAAAUUUUGACAACAUACUAAGAACAUACUCAGGCUGAGAGUCAGUUAAGAACGUCUUUAUUUUGCUCAUUUUUUUUUUUAUUUGAGUAGUGUAAAUUAAGGUACAAGAAAUAUAAAACUUAGGUCUAACAGGAAACUUAAGUCAAAUACUUAGGGCGUUUUUUUAACAUUAACAAUGCGGUUUUCCUAUUGCACGAUACACUUAAGCAAACAAUGCAUUUGAUAGGUUACCUGGUCACGUCCGAAUUUAUCUAUUGCGAUACUAUACCACACAACUUUAAGAACAUGUUAAGAACGGUUUAAAGCUCAAAUCUCAAAAAGAAAAAAAGAACAUUUAGCCUUGGCCCCCAAAUUGGAGGUUCUCCCUAAAAAAAAAAAAGUGUAUACACUACAAUAUAAAUUUAAAUGCGCUUAUAUUUACACUCAUUUUUUAAACGUGAUUUCUUGGUUAAUAGCGAUGGUGAGUUUAUCAGACAUUCCGGAUUGGUAAGUUAGUACUCUUGAAAUAAAGAGAAAUUUUGUUAUUUUAACGUUUUGUUCAGCAAAACUUUUGUUAGACUAAACUAAGUUUAGUGCAAAUCGUGAGUUAGAUAACGCGAUCGUGUACUAAAGACCAGUGGAACUUCGUUCCAGUAAUCUUUGAUAUAACCUAGCUGUGAUUAAAAACUAUCGGCAGGGCCUAUGAUGUGAGGCCCUGUUCAUUUUGUUAGACUAUACUAAGUUUGGCCCAAAUCGUGAGUUGGAUAACUCGAUCGUGUACUAAAGACCAGUGGAACAUCGUUCCAGUAAUCUUUGAUAUAACCUAGCUGUGAUCAAACCUAUCGGCAGGGCCUGUGAUGUGAGGCGUAUAUUGUAAAUAAUGAUACAGCGAGCGUUAACCCUUUACACCCUAACAUCAGCAUGCAUAUUCUCCACACUAUUCUCUAUACAUUUACUAAGGUGCUGACAAGGAGAAUUUGUGUAACAAUCAAGAGUUUCUUUAGUUGAUGAUCAUUUCCUUAAUUCUUGCCACCUUAAUGUGUGAUUUAGGGGUGAUAUUGUAAGGAGAAAUUAGAUGCUUGUCACUCUUAGGGAUCAAAGGGUUUGUCCAAGGUUUCUUUCCUUCCUAUUUGUCUUUUUUUUGUUUUGUUUUUUUUGCAAUUUUUGCUUUGUUUUUUUUUUCGUUCUUUAAACUUAACAGGUGCUUCUUUGAAAAUGGAGAAGAGUUUCGUCAUGAUGCUGUUCUAAAUGGCCAUACGUUAGUUAAAAUGCUGGAAGAGUCUCCCUUCAGCCUCAUUAAAAAGGUAGAGCGCGUUUGUGAUAAUAAGUGCGUCACUCAUUGCGUGACAGGCAUAAUACAAAGCACUUGUGGAAAAUUGAGAAAACAAAAAGACUUGUUGAAGAAAUUAUUAAUCGCAAUUUUAUUAUGCUGCAGGUUAAAACUCCAAUUUUGAUCAUGUUGGGAGAAGAUGACCUGCGGGUUCCUCCAAGUCAAGGAAGAAAAUACUACAAAGUUUUAAAGGCUCAAGGAACAAAGACGAGGUAA